CUUGUCCACACAGACUUUAUCUUUAGUUUUCUUUCUGCCUUUAUCACUUGCCUGGAAGUUCCCAAGCUGGAGAGAGAGAGAGACCCGUUUCUCACUCCAAUUUCGAACGACCAUUUUCCCCAUUGUUUAUGCACGAGAUCCAACAAUCUUCACUUCCUUCUACAUCUCUCACCUCUGUCGGAACUCUUGAAUUGGUUCUACAAACAUUGAGAACGAACUCCCUAAUCUUUUGUGGAAGAACUCCUGAAUCUUUUGGAGAUCGAACAAUCUUCACUUCCUUCUUCGUCUCUGUCUAUUGGGAUUCCAAAAAAAUUCAGCCAUCCCUCCAUAUGAUGAUAGAUAUAUAGGAGGCGGAACUCUUGAAUUGGUUCUACGAAUUAACAUUGCAAACGAACUCCCUAAUCUUUUGUGUGGAUCUAUAAAAAAAAAAUAUAAAUCUGUGUUGCGUGCAUAAAUAUGAAUGGCUCACGGGCAGAAGGAUGUUCUUCCUCUUCCAUACCCAUCCCACCACAAUGGGUAUACGAUGUCUUUGUGAGUUUCAGAGGUGCCGAUACUCGUAAAAACUUUACCAGCCAUAUGUUUGUUGCUUUAGAGGCCAAUGGUUUUCGCACAUUCAGGGACGACAAAGAGCUCGAAAGAGGAGAAUAUAUUAGCGAUGGACUACUGAAAGCAAUUGAGGGUUCCAGAGUGUCUUUAAUAGUGUUCUCAAAAGACUAUGCUGGGUCGAGUUGGUGCCUUGAUGAACUUGUGAGGAUAAUGGAUUGCAGGGAGACUUUGAAACAGAUUGUUGUGCCCAUCUUUUAUGAUGUUGUUCCAUCCGACAUGCGGAAGCAGACGGGGGUACUUCAAGAUGCAUUUGCCAAGCAUGAAAAGCGUUUUAGAGAGGGAUCGGAUGGCAAGGUGGAAAAGUGGAGGAGAGCUCUUACUGAAGCUGCCAAUUUGUCAGGUCGGGACUUGCUAAAUGAGGCCAACAGAGAUGAAGCAGAGUUAAUUAAGAAGAUCAUUGAAGAUGUUAGAAAAGUAAAUCCAACACAUCUAAAUGUUCCAGAACGCCAAGUUGGACUAGACCGUCGUGUUGCAGAGCUCAAUGUGUUGCUGAACAUGGAAUUCAAUUGUGUUGGCAUUGUUGCCAUAUGGGGCAUGGGUGGAAUUGGCAAGACUACAAUUGCAAAAAGGCUGUAUAAUCUCAUCCAACACAAGUUUGAACGUAGCGGUUUUCUUGCAAAUGUUAGAGAAACUUCGCAGCGACCGAAUGGUUUGGAUGAGUUACAAAAGAAACUUCUUUUGGCUAUAUUAAAAAGACCUCAUGAAGUAAGUAAUAUUCAUGAAGGCAUCGAGGUCAUAAAAAAGAUUGCUUUCGGUCGAAAAAAGGUUCUUCUUGUUCUGGAUGAUGUGGAUAAUGUUCAACAAUUGGAGGCACUAGCCAUAGAUCGAGAUUCCUUCGCUCUUGGAAGCAGAAUCAUCAUAACAACAAGAGAUAAGUCUUCGCUAAAAAUCCUCGAAUUGGGUGAGAAGGAGAUAUAUGGGCCAGAAAGAUUGGACGAGGACGAAUCCCUUGAACUCUUCAGUUGGCAUGCCUUUAAGGAAGACCAUCCUACACAGGACCAUUUGGACCUUUCACGCCAAAUUGGGCAUUAUGCUGGAGGGCUUCCAUUAGCCCUUGAAAUUUUGGGUUCCUAUUUCCGUGGCGAGAGCAUACCACAAUGGGAACGUGCAAUAGCGAAAUUGAGAAAAAUUCCUGAUGAUGAUGUUCAGGCAAAACUUAACAAAAGUCUUAAGAUGAGUUUUGAUUCGCUAAGCGAGCAACUGAAGAAGUUGUUCCUAGAUAUGGCAUGUUUUUUUAUUGGAAUGGGUCGAGAUUUUACAGUAAAAAUAUUGGAAGGCCGCAACAUUUUUGCAGAAGAUGGGAUUCAGAAACUAGCCGAUCAGUGUCUCAUAAACUACGACUAUUAUGACCAAAUUGUGAUGCAUGAUAUGAUUAGAGACAUGGGCAGAGAAAUUGUCAGACAAGAAUCUCUUGAGGAUCCUGGGAAGCGCAGCCGAUUGUGGUAUCCUGACGAUGUCCUUGAAGUUCUGAGAUAUGGCACGGGAACUGAAGCAGUUAAAGGCCUCAUCCUAAACGCAACAGAUGUCCAAGUGAAUGCCAAGGCAUUUGAAAAGAUGAACAACCUGUGGCUGCUUCAUCUCGAUUACAUUCAUCUAACUACUGGUUAUGAACAUAUUUCCAGAAGGCUCUUAUGGCUAAGCUGGAAAGGCUUCCCUUUGGAUUGUAUACCAUGGAAUUUUUCUAUGGAGAAGCUAGUUGCUCUCGAUUUGAGUUAUAGCAGGCUGAAAAAAGUUUGGAAUGGAAACAUGAUUCUGGGCAAGCUGAAGUUCCUUAACCUCAGUCAUUGCCAUUACCUAACCAGAUCCCCUGACUUCUCUGGACUCUACUCUCUCGAGGAACUGUUGCUUAAUGAUUGCAAAAGUUUGGUGGAGGUUAACGAGUCUAUUAAAUGUCUGAACAAACUUCUUGUCCUGGACAUGAAAAACUGUACAAAACUUCGGAAGCUUCCCUCUUGCAUUUGGAUGUUGAAAUCUCUCGAACGUCUUGAUCUCUCUGGCUGCUCCAAGCUAGGAAACUUAGGAGUGUUUGAAGGACCGAUAUAUAAAUUAUGGUGCUCAUUCUUCCCGUCUUGGACACGGUCACCAAAGGCUGUGGAUUCUAUUGGGUUGUCAAGCACCCCUGUCCAGGCCAACAGUUGGUUAACGAAAUUAAAUAUGGAUGGCUGCCAUUUGUUGUCUCUACCGGAGGAAAUAGGGAAUCUAAUCUCAUUACGGACUCUGAAUCUUGCCCAAAACUAUUUGAGUACCUUGCCGGAAGGUAUCUGUAACCUUACUUGCUUGAAGCGUUUGCGUUUGAAUGAUAACAAUGUGUCAAAUCUGCCUAGUGGAAUCGGGAGGUUGACCUCGUUAGAGAGUUUGUAUCUUUCAAGAAACAGUUUAUGUACCCUACCGGAUACCAUUGGUAAGCUGUCUUGCUUGAAGGAUUUGUGGGUGGGAAAUAACAAGCUCUCGCAUCUUCCUAGUGAAAUUGGGGAUUUGGACUCUUUGAAGACUUUGGUACUUGAGGGUAAUAAUGGUUUCCAUGCCUUACCAGAAAGUAUAUGCAAACUUGUACGCUUGUGGAGGUUGAAUUUGAAUAAGUGCAACUUGUCUCAUCUGCCCAGUGAAAUUGAUAGGUUGAUCUCAUUGGCGUCAUUGGAACUUGGACAUAACAUAUCGCUUACCAUGCCAGAUAGUAUCAGGCACCUUCCUUGCUUGGAUUACAUCUGGUUGAAUAAUUGUGCAAAGCUUCGAUCUGUUCCAAAGCUUCCAACACGUACUUAUGUGCAUGCAGAGCGUUGCCCAUCAUUAGAAAGCCUACCACUUGAAUUGGAUCAGCUAGGGGGGAUAGCGGACUAUUCAGGAUCCAAUAAAUUAGCUGAGAACAAUUAUUUAACUAGUCUCUUAAAACAACUCCCCAAGAGUAAGGGGAUCUCUGAACUUGAGGAUACUGUUGGAAUUCUUGUUCCAGCAGGGGAGGAGGAGCUUCAUAUUUGGUUCCUGUACCAUAAUGGUAGAGGGCCAAAUGUAUCUUUUGUGGUGUCGCCUUCUCCGUCUGUGGACCAGAAAAUGUUGGGUUGGAUUCUACGCUUGGUAGUCUGGGCUCCCCGAGAAACAUCUUACGUAUUGAUUGGAGAUGUGAUUUGCAAUAAAAUCCGAUGUUUCAAAUCAAUCAAGUCUUUUGUCUAUCCCACCGAUGUAGAUCAUGUGUGGCUUCUUUAUAUACCACAGGGUUACAGAGGAUUGCAAUUAGAAGGCGGUGAUGAAGUGGAGAUCGAAAUGUAUCAAAUUGGCCCUGAUGGAGUGGAGAUCCCAAUAGAUGUAACUCAUCAUACCACGUUAGUAAAGAAGUGGGCGAUUGAUCUGAUUUACGAGGCUGAUGAGAUUCACAAAGGCAACGACACCUGGUGUCAAGUGGUGUACAAUAUUCAACUUUGACAAAUACUCACUCUUCUACUCCACAAGCAUGUGAGAUUUCGACUUCUCUUACUCCUGUUUUCAUCCAAUAUGCCCCCACUGGAUUUCGUAGGUUGAACCCAACUUUUCAAAACGAAAAAUACUUGUACUUAUUGCCAAGGCUCUAGUUGAUUUUUUUUUUACUUUAAAUCCUCUUCGAGGAAGAUCUAUGGCAAUAACCUCUUAUGGCACUUUCCUCUCCGAAGGCUAAUUGAGCAAUAGACCUUCUUUGUUUA